AUGGGCUCCCUCUACCCUCCCAAGUUCCAGGUGAACAAGAUCGCCAUCAUCGGCGCCGGCCCCUGCGGGCUCGCGGCGGCCAAGUAUCUGCGGGCGCAGGGCACUUUCGGCUCCAUUACCAUAUUUGAGCAGCAGGACGAGGUUGGCGGCGUAUGGAACUACAGCAAGGCCCCCGGCGGGCCUUAUCCUGCGCCGCAGAGAGACCCCUUCUUUCCACCCGACGAGCCGCUUCGGACCCCGUCUCAUGCGGCGCCCGUCUUUCCUUCUCCCAUGUACGACAAGCUCCACGCCAACAUCCCCGGGGCGUUGAUGAACUUUUCCGACCAAAGCUUCCGCAAGGACUCUUGGGUGUUUCCCAGCCGCGAGGAUAUCCAGGAGUACCUGGUCAAGUACGCCGAGAGUGUCCGCGACCUGAUACGGUUCUGUAUCCAGGUGACCAAGCUGUCGCGCAGAUGCAUUGAUGGGCACGAUAAGUGGAGGAUAGAGGCUCGUUCGACGGUGAGCCAGGAGACGAUAGAUGAUGUUUUUGAUGCCGUGGUCGUGGCAAAUGGCCACUACUCCAUCCCCUUCAUCCCCCCGAUGGCCAACAUGGCGACGUUUCAGGAGACAUACCCGUCCAUCAUCACACACUCCAAGCAGUACCGAACGGCAAGCGAGUUCGAGGGCAAGAAAGUCAUCAUCGUCGGCAACGGGCCCUCUGGCACCGACAUCGCCCUGCAGAUCAAUCAAGUGUCUCGAGGCAAGGCUCUCCUGUCUGUCCGAACGCCCACGCCGCCGGCAAAACUGGAGCACACAGGCUGCGAGGAAGUGCAAGAGAUUGUCGAGUUUCUCGUUGAUCAGCGAGGGGUCCGCUUCAAGGACGGGCGGACCGAAACGGACAUCGACGCCAUCGUCUUUUGCACGGGAUUCCUCUUCAGCUACCCCUUCUUGCCGGACAUGCAGCACAAGCUCAUCACCAACGGACAAGGCGUCCACGGGCUCUACAAGCACGUUUUCCACAUUCACCACCCCACCCUCGUCUUCCCUACUCUGAACAUGAAGUCAGUGCCGUGGCCACUGUCGGAGGCGCAGGCGGCCGUCGUCUCGGCUGUGUGGUCCAACAGCCUGCCGCUGCCUUCCGUCGAGGUGAUGGAGCAGUGGAGCAGAGAAUUGGAAGAACGGGAGGGUGAGGCAUUGCACGUAUUUCCGCACCUCGGCGACGGAUUCUACAUAAAUGAGUUGCACGACUGGGUCAUGCAGGCCGGCCGGGUGGGUAAGGAGCCUCCGCGAUGGGAUGACCGAAUGUUCUGGCAGAGGAAUGUUUUCGUCGAGGCGAAGCUGCGGUUCGAGAAGCAGGGCUGCAAAGCGACGACUCUUGAGGAGCUCGGCCUCUGUUACGACCCUGAUUGGAACAAGCAAGCCAUUGAAGACCCGCAAGAGCCAUAA